AUGGCUUCAAAGGAGGGUGCCUUCAUUGUCCACUGUGGCCCAGGAUGUGCGACAUUAGAGGAAAUAAACCAGCAUUGGGACUGGCUGGAGCAAAACCUCCUACAUACUUUGUCCGUCUUUGAUAAUAAAGAUGACAUUGCCAGCUUUGUCAAAGGGAAGGUAAAGGCUCUGAUUGCGGAGGAGACAAGCAGCAGGCUUGCCGAGCAGGAAGAAGAGCCUGAGAAGUUCCGAGAGGCCUUGGUGAAGUUCGAGGCCAGGUUCAACUUCCCGGAGGCAGAGAAGCUGGUCACCUAUUACUCCUGCUGCUGCUGGAAGGGCAGGGUUCCCCGCCAAGGCUGGCUGUACCUCAGCAUUAACCACCUCUGCUUCUACUCCUUCUUCCUGGGCAAAGAACUUAAACUUGUAGUCCCUUGGGUUGAUAUCCAGAAGUUAGAAAGAACGUCCAACGUCUUCCUGACGGAUACCAUCCGAAUCACCACGCAGAAUAAGGAGCGCGACUUCUCCAUGUUCCUGAACCUCGAUGAGGUGUUCAAGAUCAUGGAGCAGUUGGCGGACGUGACACUCCGGAGGCUCCUGGAUAAUGAGGUCUUUGACCUGGACCCAGACCUGCAGGAGCCGAGCCAGAUCACCAAGCGGGACCUGGAAGCCAGAGCACAGAACGAGUUCUUCCGGGCGUUCUUCAGGCUGCCGAGGCGCGAGAGGCUGCACGCCGUGCUGGACUGCUCGCUGUGGACGCCGUUCAGCCGCUGCCACACCGUGGGGCGGAUGUUCGCCUCCGACCGCUACAUCUGCUUCGCCAGCAAGGAGGAUGGCUGCUGCAAUGUCAUCCUGCCGCUCAGAGAGGUGGUGAGCAUUGAGAAGAUGGAGGACACAAGUCUGCUCCCUAAUCCCAUCAUCAUCAGCAUCAGGAGCAAGAUGGCCUUCCAGUUCAUCGAGCUAAAGGACAGAGAUAACUUGGUGGAAAGCCUGCUCAUGAGGCUGAAGCAGGUGCACGCCAAACACCCCGUGCAUUAUGACACCUCACAAGAUGAAGACAUGCAGACUUCACCUGUGUUUCAUUCAACAAGCAUGUGCAGUGACCACAAGUUUGGGGAUCUUGAAAUGGUGUCCUCUCAAAAUAGCGAGGAAAGUGAAAAAGAGAAGAGCCCGCGGCUCCACCCCGAGGCCCUGAUCUCUGUGUUCCAGCAGGCGGGCAGCCAGAGCCCCGACUCACGAAUGGGAGAAUCCGAGGGAAAUGUCAUGCACUGUGGGGUAAAGAGGCUAGAAAUUGUACUCUGGAAAGGCACUGCGGCUGGAGGGAGGCUGCGUUGGGACCACGUGUGCCGGGGGUGUCUGUGGACGUUACCACCCCAAGCUGUGCCUUGUCACCUACUUGGCUACUGUAUAAUCGUUAGCUUUAUUCAUUCAAAACGGAGCCUUCUGAUAAUGCUUUACACAGAGCAGCUCAAUGAACUCCUGUAAGAAUACUGAAUAUAUAUGGAAGGUUCUCCCCUUACUGGAGAAUGCAGAUAAUGAAAAGCAUAUUAAACAUGUUGCUUAAUGGGACGCCUGGGUGGCUCAUUCGGUUAAGCGGCUGCCUUCGGCU